AAUUAUCGCAAAUAGUCUCAGUAUUAAUAAAGUCAUUUUCUAGCUUUCAUGCGUGAUAAGUAAACAAGAAAAAAUCAUUAGCGAAGGUACAUUUUCGCAUGCGAAGAUGCAUCUCACCGCCUAGACAUACUCUUUUAUUAAUACACGUUUUACACUAUGAUCAAUGUUUUGUAAACAUAAUUGAAAAAUCCAGCUUUGAAAAAAGUGUUUUGCAUUAAAUUCUUGUCAUAUUUAUCAAUAAAACAAGAAAUGAAAAAGAAAAAUGAAAGCGCGCGAAGCGCAUCUGAUGUUCUUAUAGUUAUAUAAUGUAAAGUCGACUCACGUAUAUACAUAUGUAAAUACGUUACUCAUGCAUUCCGUUCACGCUCUAUAGCUGUCGUUCUUGAAUCUCGGCUGUUGGCAUUUGGCAUACCUAUGCGGCAUUUCAAAGAACAACGAUAUAUAUGAAGAAAUCGCAACUGAAUUCUUAAGCUUGUAUUUAUCUUACGCUCAAUUAUUGGCUUUAUGUAGGUUAUUAUUAAAUAGUACAUAAAAUGCGACUGUUACCUCAACGUAUGCUUAUUCCAUUGUUAGUGAGUUUUUCAAUAACUGGAGCUACUGUAGUAUUAUUGUAUUUCAUCAAUAAAAAGAAGGAUGAGGAAAAUUUUAAAUCUGGACAAAAAUCAGAAAAAUCAAUCAAAAUCCAAAUUCCUCGCCAAGUAGUUCCUCUUGUUAUUGGGCGUGCAGGCUCAGUGAUUCGUGAAUUACAGGAAUCUACAAAUACAAAAAUUAGCUUUAUAGAAGAUAAUGAUGUUGACUUACCUAUGCGAAUCUGUGUUAUAACCGGAGAUCCUAAGAACUUAAUAUUAGCAGAAAAAAAGAUUCAGGCUGUAUUGAUCAACCAACCAUUGAUUGAAACUUAUGAACAAUGGGUGCCCCAGCGAACAAUUAUGAAGAUGACUGAGAAAGGGGAAGUUUUGCUUAAACAAAUUCAGAAUUCAUCAAAUGCGAAAAUUAUUCUUGAAAAUUCAUUUAAUGUUGCUGAUUUAGAUACCAAGAAAAGAGUAAUAAUAAAAGGUACUGCGGAGCAAAUUGCAAAUGCCUUAUUAUUAAUUGAAGAUAGAGUACGAGAAAAUAAUGAGUCCAAAGCCAAAACUGAAAAAGGCUCAAUCAACAGAGUUCCUAGAGUUAAAUCAUUACCCAUUGCUACUCCCAAUGAUUCCCCAAAAAGUACAGAAAACUCAAAAGAAAUAUUUGAUAUUCAAAAUAAUGAAGGAAACAUGGAUGUUUUUGUUUGCUCUGUGAAUGAUCCAAGUCAGUUUUAUAUUCAAGUUAUUAGUGAUACAAAUGCAAAAUUGGAUGAUUUAAUACAAGAUAUGCUUCAAUAUUAUGAAAAUGAAGAAAACAAAGAAGUGCAUGCCUUGAGAGAAAUAACCAUUGGACAAACCGUUGCUGCUAAAUUCUUGGAUAACAAAUGGUAUCGCGCGGAAAUCAUCUCACACCUUGACAACGGCAAUUACGACGUGUAUUUCCUCGAUUUUGGUGAUCGCGAUAGUGUAGAGAGUAAAAAUAUCUAUGAACUGCGCACAGAUUUCUUGAGUCUCCGAUUCCAGGCUAUCGAGUGUUCUCUAUCAGGUGUCAAACCUAAAAGUGGCGAGUGGAGCAGCGAGGUGACGGACAAGUUCUCGCAGCUGUGUGCUCUGGGCCAAUGGCAGCCACGUGUCGCCAAGAUAAGAGGCUACAAGGAGCGAGCUUUUGGCUGCGGCUCGAGUAGGCGUGAGGGCUCGCCUAUUCCCUCGAUUGAGCUUUACGAGCGACGCGACGAACAACUCAUCAACAUCAAUAAAGAGUUGAUAAGGCUGGACUUGGCAGUCGCCGAAAGCGAGCCCUGGUCAGCAGCCAGCUCAACGGUGUCGUUGUCGCGAUGUGCCAAGAGUCCGGACGUGAUCUCUCUAACGAGCAACGGUAGCAGUGCCCACGGCAAUGCCGGCAAGCAUUCGAUCGAGCAGAUUGACUUGACAUUCACGCCCAAGUCCAAGUCUGGCAACGUCGACGUAAUCGAUCUGACGACACCGACUGCACUCAAAAGCCAACGAAAUGGCUCUUCGUCUUCGUAUCAUUUCAUCGAGAAUGAGAGCAACGCUCAUAAGCCACGACCCGCCAAUCCUUUCAUGAGAAGCUCUCAAUCUGUAGUACGCAACAUCGUUCCAGCUGGCUUCGAGGAUGAAAUGUCGGCCGAUGAGUCCGACGGAUACGACUUUAAUUAGAGCUGGUUUUCUUGAGCAUGUUUUAUGUGCCAUUAUUUAUCGGAAUGAUUCUUGCACUCGGUCCUUUUAUACUUUCACGCAAACAGUAUUCCGAGCGCUCAUUUCUAUAACGAUUUUUAUUUCGA